UCAGUCCUAAAAAUAACAGACGGACAGCCAGUCCUCCCAAGUGACUUAGCAAACAUUUGCCAUGUUGCCCACUCCAUGUUGAUCUUAGCCUUGGUUGAAUGCUUGUGUUUUGAUUCAAGGAUGAACCCUCAUUUUCAAACGAUCCAUCUUGGGAAAGUGCUGAUCUGCUGACAGAAGAGUUUACAUUUACAUUUUGGGAUAAGGUGAUCAUGGUGCGCAACGUGGAUGAUCUGGACUUCUGCCUGUCCUCCCAUCCUCAGAGCAUCCUGGAAGGCUUGCGUUUGCUCUGUUCACACCCCAAACUUGUGGAUGUGACCCUGAGUGCAGGGGGAAGAGAUUUCCCUUGUCACCGAGGGGUUCUGGCCCUCUGCAGCAUGUAUUUUCGCUCCAUGUUUUCAGGGGACUUUGUGGAGAGCAUUGCUGCUCGUGUGGAGCUCCAGGAUGUCGAUCCCGACAUCCUCAGCUACUUGCUUGACUUUGCCUACACCGGCAAGCUGACAAUAAACCAGAGCAAUGUGGAGGGCUUGAUUUGUACCUCUAGCCAACUACAGUUUCAGACAGUUCGAGCUGUGUGCAGCCGAUACCUGCAGAAUCAGAUCGAUGAGACCAACUGCCUGGGAAUCCUGGAGUUUGGAGAGAUCCACGGCUGUCCUGAAAUUGUGGCCAAAGCACGGGCCUUCCUCCUAGAGACCUUUGAGGCCGUGCAACAGGGUGAGGAGUUUCUGUUUUUGGGGAAAGAUCAGCUGACCGCUUGUUUGUCCGAUGAAGAACUGAAAAUCCGUUCGGAGUGCACACGCGUGGAAGCCAUCUUGAAAUGGGUGGGGCAUCAGAAAGAGUCCCGACUGUGCCACCUUCCUGAACUCUUCAGCUUGUCACAUUUGUCUCUGCUCAGCCUAAGCUACCUGACUGACACUCUGCUGAAAGACAGUCUGGUCCAGGCCUCCCCUCGCUGCAGGGAGGCAAUUCAAGAAGUUUGUAGAGAGAAGCAAGAUUUGGCACAAGAAUAUUCCGAAAGACUAAACUAUCAGAGUCCACAACCAAACUUGCAAGAAGUACUGUUUGUGAUGGGAGGACGUUCACUGGAUGACGAGGAUGAUAACGAUUCAGACGAGGAUGACAACAGAGACCCAAGACUUCAAAGAUUGCCAUCCAAGAACUGUGCCUUCUACAACACAAAGACAAAAAAGUGGCAUGAGCUGCCUAACUUCCCUAAUCCCAACAAGUGGGGUUAUGCCAUGGUGACCCUAAACAAUGAUGUUUAUGUAACAGGGGGCUCGCGAGGUUUGAACACUAACUCAUGGUCGACCACAGAGACCUGGAAGUACAUCAUGAAAGAGGGAAGAUGGGUUACUGUGGCACCAAUGAUACGGCCCCGGACAAAUCACACGUCGGCAACACUUAAUGGCGAGCUUUAUGUAAUCGGAGGCACGACGUCGGCUCAAGUUGAGGUUGAGCGUUACGACCCUUACAGUAACUCCUGGGCAUUGACGUGUCCUGCUUUAAAAUAUGUGACCAACUUCACAGCCACAGCGUGUUUUGGAAAGCUUUUUGUGAUUGGAUCAUGCGCAGUGAAGUACAAUGCACUGACCAUGCAGUGUUACAACCCUGUCAUAGAUGCCUGGAUCAGUAUAGGGUCACCCUUCAUCCCCAAGUAUUUGUCGUCUCCUCGUUCCGUCUGUAUGGAUGGGAUAAUAUACCUGUUGGCUGAUAACACAAAGAAAGUUUACUCAUAUGACCCAGAGGCAAACAUGUGGCAAAAGGUCCAGCUUCUUCACAUGCUUCAUGAGAAUGGUGGCCUCGUAUCCCUGGAUGGACAGUUGUAUGUCACGGGCGGCCACUGGAAAGGAAUGGAGGGCGACUACGGGGUGGAAGUGGAGGUUUACAACCGAGCAUCCAACACCUGGGAUGUGGAAUGUUUCCUCCCAAGACUUUGGUUCUACAGUGGAGUAUCCACUAUAUUCCUAGACCCAUCCCAGUGGCCUGAACUUCCACCCAUAGAUUUGACAUAGAUAUCUUUAAGGCCUUAAUUGUUUCAGUUUUGGGGGUCAGUGAGUUCAGAGUGACAUACCUGGCAUGUGUCGACUGGUGGAGUGCAAGUAUCAAGUCAAUCAGAAGAUGUCCUUUGUGCCAAGAAUAGUGUGCCACAUAACCCUCUGGCAAUCUCAAUGUAUUAAUGCAUGCUUUAGUGCUGAACAGGUGUUUUCAUGUAUUUGACUGCUGACCUCUUUUGUUUUAUGGUACUAGUGAAUAUUUUUAUGUUACUUUUUGUUUUGUUUUGCAGAAAUUGUUUCAAAGCAUCUGCUUUGAGCAUUAUUAUGAAGCGUCAUUACUCAUAUUUGUUGCUACAAAUGAACUAUGAUGGUUCUCAAAAUAAAAAGGAUGAAUAAAAACAAA